CCCCGCCACCGCACAACACCGCCACACUGCCACCCCCAUCUUCAAUUCCUCCGAACGCACAGUGCGCCACUCGCAGAUCUUGAGGUGAAUUUCCACUCGCUCGACCCUGUACGCCAAGGAUGGUUCGUUUCAUCGUUAACGCUUCGGUGGCAUUCGCUCUUCUUCUGGGCUUUGCGACCGUGGAGGCUUCCAGGGGGAAACACGAAGGAUCCGUCGAAUUUACCGUCUUCGAGAGGCAGAGCGAUGACGGUCCUCGUCACAGCCCGCUCUUUACUCUCCCCGUGCCCGAGGCGGAGGACGUAGAGUAUCCCUCCAAAAUGGUCCUCUUCAACAAUGACCUAUACGGUUCUGAAGAUGAUCUGAUCGACGAGGUUCAAGACGCACUCCUUGGGUACAAUCAGGGUCACUGUGUGGAAACCGUGGCCUCCGGCGGUUUCAUUGCCGAGUGCUUCUUCACGUACGUAUUCGACGACGGCUCGCUCACCGCGAACGGCCCGUUCAACUUCGAUGCCGAAGAUGGGGUUCUCCCCUCUUUUCUGGCCGUCACUGGGGGCACCGGGGAGUACGAUGGCGCCCUGGGAUGUGUUGAGGUGUCUGCCGGACCUGCUGAAGAAUUCCCAUCCUUGCAGUUCGACUUCAAGCUCAAGAAAUAAGUCAAGGGAGUAGGCGGUCGUGGCCUUGGGGCGGGCCAAUCGAAUUUCUAGUGCGAUGAAGCUGUUGUCGGGCAGUUGUCUGAACGGUUUUCAUUAUGCAAGGAAAAGGAGUCAAGCAUAUCACGCACUCAGAAAUUGCCAGGUACAAGGAAAGUGCCCUUGCGGCAAGCGCAUGGGCUCAGCUCAGGGUUUGAUGCAUACUCGUAGAUAUGAGUGGCCACAGGGCGAACAAGGGGAUAAUAGGGAGCAAGAAGUCGGGGCUCAGGCCGAAACCGCAACUUGGGACACCGAAAGCCUUGCCCAUGAAUGUCAUCGGCAAGAAUAAACGAGUGAACCUCGUGAAGACCGUGUUUCCGUGAAGCGCUAUUUCUGCAGCGACAUAGGUUCUACGUGUUUUGGGACGUCACAGAUUUUGAAAAACUUUCACUA